UAAUGAAAUAUUUAUUUCUAGGAUUGUUCUAAAUGCUGAAAAUGAGCAAAAGUGAGGUCCGGUGGGCUGUUAACAUUGCCAAGUGGAGGCCAUGUGGUGUUGAGUGGUCUAAGGCAUUGAGUGUGAUCCAAGAAAAAGAACGGGAAAGGAUAUGCAGAUUCACCUUUAAGAGGGAUGCCAAAGCCUCCUUGGUUGGCCAGCUAAUGUUACACAAGCUCAUCAGGGAAACACUACAAAUUCCCAAUGAAGAAGUUCAGUUUGAAAGAACAGAGAAAGGGAAACCCUUCCUUCCUAAAUUAGCUCUACCGUAUCAAUUCAACGUCUCACAUCAAGGAGCCUAUACUGUUGUUGCGGCUUCGUCUUCCACUGAGUUGUUGGGGGUAGAUAUCAUGCGUAUCGAUGACGAGAGGUUCGAAGAGGAAACAAAACUCCAGGAUUUCUUUUACACUAUGAGACGCCAGUUCACCUACCGUGAAUGGAAAAAUAUUCGUCAUGGAAACCGGAAGGAACAGCUGAAGAAUUUUUACAGACAUUGGUGUUUGAAAGAAAGCUAUGUGAAAGCUGUCGGGGUUGGCAUAGGGAUGAAUUUGCUAAGUCUCGAUUUCAAUGUUAACGAACCGAUUUCCGGUAUCGUCACGUCGACUUCACUGGGGAUAGACGGUAAACUUGAAGAAUCUUGGAGAUUUGAAGAGCAACUCCUCGAUGAAGAACAUUGCGUGUGUGUUGCUCUUAAAUUAGGCAAGAGUGCCCCUCAGCCUUUCCAACUUAUUCAGUUAAAAGAUUUAUAUCUACCGAAUUGUCGUGAACUGCCAAACCAUGAGAAGGUGGCAACGGAUUUCGAGAUGAAAGAAGAGGAACCUCAGAUCUGGAGAUAAUUGCCUUUUUCGUCUUAAAAGCUUUUCCCUCUUUUUUUUUUUGGUGAUGGGCCUAUUUUAGUAUAGCUGCUUUUUCAUACUAACCCCGAGCAAAAACAAAUUACAAUGGCAAGCAAAGAAAAUGGAUCUAACUUAUCGAGAUCACA